CUAAAGUCAGUAAUUCUCCACCUUUUUAAUGUUGUCAUCAACAUCUGUCUUCAAAUCUACUUACGAUCAAUUGUCCUGCAAUUCCUAGAUAACUCUACAAACUCCUAAACUCUCAAGUUUUUCUUCCUCAACAACACUCCGCGUAAUUAGGUCACUCACGCUCGGCUCCAAUCUACCCCCAACUUUGUUAUAGCUAUUCAUAUUUAAAUACCAUCUCAAUACCACAGCUUCUUUUUUGUUUUACCACACUACAAUACAUGUUGUUCUUGAGCGUAUGUCGCCAGAGCCAUAAGUGCUAACGAAACUGCUGCAAACUUACAAACCCAUUACAUAAAAACUAUAAUAUGCAUCAAUCAUCAUCUACAUUUUAAAUAUGAAGAGGCUGCUAUAUCAUCAUUUAUCUUUCAUUUUCAUGAAUGUUCCCAACCUCAUCAAACACCCUAACUAUAUCAUACAUGGCCUCCCACUUCUCAGUAACAUCAGGAUCAGGUUAACAUCCACUUUCACUGUCAGCUUACAAAUGAAGCGCUCCAACUUCCUCAUCUCAAACCUAUGUAAGGAAGGAAAGAUCGACCAAGCACGCAAGGUGUUUGAUCAAAUGUCUGAAAGGGAUGUUUGUUUGUGGACUACAAUGAUAACUGGGUAUAUUAAGGGUGGCAUGAUUAAGGAAGCUAGGAAGCUGUUUGAUAGAUCCGAUGCGGAAAAGAAUGUCAUUGUUUGGACUGCUAUGGUUAGUGGGUACGUCAAGAUGAAUCAAAUUCUGGAAGCUGAGAGGUUGUUUUAUGAGAUGCCUAUUAGGAAUGUUGUGUCUUGGAAUACCAUGAUUGAUGGGUAUGCGCGGAAUGGUCGAACUCAACAGGCUUUGGAUUUGUUUACAAGAAUGCCCGAGAGGAAUGUGGUUUCUUGGAAUACGAUAAUGACGGCCUUGGCGCAUUCGGGGAGGAUUGAGGAUGCGCUAAGGCUUUUUGAUAAGAUGCCGGAAAGGGAUGUGGUUUCGUGGACUACUAUGGUUGCGGGUUUGUCGAAAAAUGGGAGAAUUGAUGAUGCUCGGGAACUUUUUGAUAGGAUGCCGAUUCGUAAUGUGGUUUCUUGGAAUGCAAUGAUUGCGGGUUAUGCACAAAAUGGGAAGUUGGAUGAGGCUUUAUCAUUGUUUGAGAGAAUGCCUCAGAGGGAUAUGCCCUCGUGGAAUACAAUGGUUACGGGUUUCAUUCAAAAUGGGAAUUUGAAUAAGGCAGUGAAGUUAUUUGAUGCAAUGCCGCAAAAGAAUAUCAUUACUUGGACUGCUAUGAUGACUGGGUAUGUCCAACAUGGUCUAAGUGAAGAAGCGCUGAAAAUAUUUAACAAAAUGCAAGCUCAUGAUGGAUUAAAACCAGCCACCGGAACUUUUGUGACUGUUUUAGGUGCUUGUAGUGACUUGGCCGGUCUUACCGAAGGACAACAAAUCCAUCAAAUGAUUAGUAAAACAGUUUUUCAGGAGAGCACACAAGUGGUAUCAGCGCUGAUAAAUAUGUACUCAAAAUGUGGGGAGUUGCACGUUGCUAGGAAGAUGUUUGACGAUGGAUUAUCGAGGCACAUGGAUUUGAUAUCUUGGAAUGGUAUGAUUGCCGCCUACGCACACCAUGGAUAUGGAAAUGAAGCAAUAAACCUAUUUAAUAAAAUGCAAGAAUUAGGUUUUCAAGCCAAUGAUGUCACCUUUGUUGGACUUCUCACAGCUUGUAGUCAUGCUGGUUUAGUUGACGAGGGACUUAAAUACUUUGAUGAGCUUUUGAAAAACCGAGAUAUACAAGUAAGAGAAGAUCACUAUACUUGUCUGAUUGAUCUUUGUGGUCGUGCGGGAAGGCUGAAAGAAGCUUUCAAUAUCAUCGAGGGGCUUGGGAAAGAGGCAUCAUUAUCUGUUUGGGGUGCACUCCUCGCUGGAUGUAACAUGCAUGGGAACACUGAUAUAGGGAAACUCGUAGCUGAUAAAGUUUUGAAAAUCGAACCAGAAAAUGCAGGCACCUACUCAUUACUCUCAAAUAUGUAUGCUUCUGUAGGGAAGUGGAAAGAAGCUGCCAAUGUUAGAAUGAAAAUGAAAGACAAAGGGUUAAAGAAGCAGCCAGGUUGUAGUUGGAUUGAAGUUGGAAAUACAGUGCAAGUAUUUGUAGUCGGUGAUAAAUCACAUUCUCAAUCUGAGGAUCUAGGGUAUUUACUUCUUGACUUACAUACAAAAAUGAAGAAGGCCGGGGACAUGCCAGAUGAUGAUUUGUUGGUUGAUGUGGAAAUUUAAUAGUAUAAAAUACAUAACCUUGUUGGUUAUAGCUUGGAUAAUGCAGUGGAGUUGAAAUGCGGAAAAGUUUACUAUCGCAGAUGGUACAUAACACAUUUAAUUUUCUGACAAUCAUUGAUUGUUAACUGAGCUACUCCUUCAGGGACUUUAGGACAAGGAUGUUGUCCUGAUUCUUUUCAUACCAUUCUAAACCAUUGAAAUCUCAUAUCAGAUUGUUUCUUCCCGCUUGUACCAGAGCCAAUCAUCUGAAUGAAGUAUAUCUGAAACAAGUUCAACAAACUAUACUAUGCUGCAGAGCCAAUCCCGUUUGCUCCAGAUUUAUAACUUAGGAUCAUAUUUUGAAAGCUCCCUGUGCCGGAGGUAGAUCCGGUUCAUGGCGUGUUUUUUUGUACAGGGCAAUCAUGCAGCUUUCGCGGAAAUACAAUCCCCAUGUUUUCAGGAAAUCCUUAGACUUACAAUUCGGGCAUAAGAGAAACCCUGAUGAUAUUAAAAGCUUUUCCCAUGAACUCAACUCCAAAGGAGUUAGGCCCUUAUCCAACCUGGAAACAUCAUGCCUCUUGGCACGUCGAGGCGUUGCGACACCGAUUACGGUCUUCAGAGUGUAAAUUAACCACAAUUUAUUCUUUAUCAUGAAAGCUGUGAAUAACGGUAUUAUCAUAUCGGCACUUUCCAUACAAUUUUGUCGCAGCCGCUUUCAUGCUAAGGAAGUCAUGGUGGAGACUAGAACUAAGUUUUAAAAACUAAAGGAAGAAGUUGAUUAUGAUUUGGGUGGUUUUGCUGGUGAUUUGGUGGGUAAUCUUGAAAAAAUAUCUGGGUCUCCUUGUGAAUGGAAAGAGGGGCUGGAAGAUUUAUUGGUUGUUGCUCGACAAUGUUCAACAAUGGCAGCUGCUGAGUUUUGGAUCAAAUGUGAAACUAUUGUUCAAAAACUAGACGAUAAUCGCCAAGAAAUACCAAUGGGGAUCCUUAAACAAGCUCACACACGCCGGCUGUUUAUUCUCUCUAGGUGCACUCGUCCUGUGCAAUUCCAGAAGGAAAAUGAUAAAAAAGAACAAGAUCACGUUCUCAGUCUUCACCAACUCAGUGAUCUUGGAGUAUAUUCAGAGCUAUUUUGAAGGCUGCAGAGAGAGAAUUGCAGUGUUCCACCUAGAUGCAACGUUUUUAUCGUUUGGCAUUGACACUACAAUGAAGAUUUCAAAUACUAUCUUGUCAGACUCAUUAUGCAGAUUGGCCUCACAUGUAUGAGAUGUAUAAGCUUUUAAUUAGUUGUAUAUCAUAUAGCAAUAUUGAUAAUGACACGCUUACACUAACAAUUGAAAGUGAUAGAAAAAAUUAAUAAUAAUGACU